CACACAAAUCAAAACACAGGCAGGCUGCAGAGGCGCACAAGCAGCGAGGACACGGAGAGGCAGAGCGGCUUUGCACCACUUUUAGUUAGAUUGGUAUUUACUAUAAAAGCUUCAUUUCAGGCUCCGCAGUGCUCGCUGUUGAGCUGCACACUGACUCACACAGUCAAGAAACGCAUAAAGAAAACCGUCUUCAUGUGAGGAGGAAUACGGUGAAAGUCUGGAUUUAACACACGCAGGAGUGGGAGGAAUAACGCAACUCAGGGGUAUUCAUCUUGAUGAUGCCGAGGAGCCAGUUUCUGCUUCGGAUUUGCGUCCAAAACAAGUGUGAAGCCAGAGGAUGACAGAAGCCAGUCCUGUCUGCAGCCCCGCCUCCUCCCACUCCUCCCAGUCAUCACCCGCUUGCCUCCCAACAUGCAGGAGACACCUGAAGAAAGGCAAAGCCCUCAAGACCAAGCUGCACCUGAGCUCUGCGCCAGGCGUGUGGCUGCUGUUGGGUGUAAUGGUGGUUUUGGUGGGGAUGGCUGUUGCAGUGGCCGGCUACGUAUCUGCAGCACCAAAGCCAGUCAUGGACAGCCGAGGCAAGACCCACAUUGAUAGGAUGAAGCUGGCUGGGCCCGCGGUCAUGGGAGUGGGCCUGUUCAUCUUCAUCUGCGCCGCCACACUGCUGUACGAGAACCGGGAUCUGGAAGUCCUCAGGCGAGAUGACCUUGAGGAUCUGAAGGGAGGAGACGGCUGGGAGGAUUCGCAAGAUCAGCCCAGCUUCAGUUGUCAGGAGCAGUGGGAGCAUAAAGAUAGAGAGCAGGGAUCCUGGGCGGCUCCGACCCACACACUCCCCCUCUCAACCCAGAACUGUGAUCCUCCACUUCCUUCACCUCACAGGAACACGCACAACACCAGCAGCAGGCCAUCGUCGCCGCCGCCUCCUACGGAUGCAGGAGGUAGAGAUGGAGAGGAGGAGGAGGAGGAGAAGGAGGGAAGAUCAACCCUGCUGGCCCGAGUUCUGCACCACCAGGAGCCAACUCCUCACCCUCCCUCCCCCUGCCCGUCCAUCUCUCACUCCGUCUACUCAGACUCUUGCAACUCCAGUGAAAUUAACUUCAACAUACGAACAGGCAUUCCUCAACAGUGAACCCCCCGCUGGUUCAACUUGUCUCAUAAAAUAUGCAUGAUGAGAUUCAUCUGGAAGUUUCACGUGCAGACACACACUUAAGACAAGACUAUGCAUUCCUCAAUAAACAAGUGAAAUGUUUGUUGGUAUGUUUUAGUGCCUCCGAGUGGCGCAGUGGCUCUGAGUCACUGUCUGUGAAGGGUGUUUUUGUCCUACAACGUUCUCUGACUCACCCACGUUUGAAAGAUUGGAGCUAUGCCGUCUGAUGUCAACUCGCCAUCUUGUUGUCUUUGAACUCAACCAUGCCCCAAAUCCCUAAAGCCACUGCUUGUUUGACCAUAUUUGGACCUGAGGAGGAUUGCUGAAAACUUACUUGGGUGCCGUACUGAGAGAUGGACGCUCACUCCUCUCUCUUACACACACACAUGCAGAGGUGCAGGGUCUACAUUUCCUUUGCUGGAGAGCUUUGUUAAGAGGAUGAGCCAGAUUAGGUUUUAAAUGAGUCUUUAUCUAAUCUCACACAUACUGUAAUCUACUCUUUAUCUGAGGAAAUUGUGUCUCGCUAUAAACAAGAGAAGCACACGAGGCCACACUCCUCUCACUCGACACCUACAGCCACGCUAUAAAUACCAGCUGCUGCUUUGUACACAUGCGAGCGUGGACUCCAGUUUUCACUGUAAUUCAACUUUUUUUUUUAAAUCACACUGUCAGCUGCUCAGUUUUAUUCUUUUCUCGAGUGUGAUGAAGCGAGAUCUUAAAGAAUUUCAAUCAGAUGGUGGAAAGAAAGA